AUGGAAGACAUGGAAUCGGAAUUCAGCGGUCCUGAUGAGAAUCCAUGGCCACAUUUGACUGAGUAUGUGGAAUUUGUAUCCAGAUCGGGCCAGCAAAUAAUUUUUGCGUGUAAGCGAUGCUUGCCGAAAGACACCAAAAUAAAAGUUCAUGUAUCAAGCCUGAAUAAUUUGAAACAACAUGUAAGAAGGGUACAUGAGUCACAGUACGUACAGUUUGAAGAGACUGUAAAGGCGGCCUCUAACCGGGGCAAGACAAAAAGGAGAACUUAUUCUGCCGAUGAUGAUAGCACAAGUAGCAGUAAUUCUAAUCCCGUUAAAAGAAGAAUUCAACAGGGUCGACAGCUGAGCAUCGGGGAAUCGUUCGGGAUUGCAGCUACUGGCAGCGGUGUAAACAAAAGUUAUUUGGGCAUGACAGUUCACUGGUUAGAUGCUAUCACAAGAGCCAGAAUGCAUGCAGUAUUAACGUGCAUACGCCUAAAAGGUCACCAUACAUACGACAUCCUGGCCCAAGACUACUCCGUAGUAGUCUGCCAUUAUCCGUAUAAUGGCAGUAACUUUGUAAAGGCAUUUGUGCAAUUCGGCUCGGAGAUCGACAUACUUCCAGAGUUGCCAUCAUGUGAUUUAGAGUCUGAGUUUGACCCUGAUAUUGCCAAUCUUUUAAAUCCAAACUCAGAAGAAAAUGAUGACUUAGAAUUUAUUUCAGUAGAAAGCAUACUGAAUGCUCCUGAUCGUCUCCAGUGCAAUGAAAUCAAUGAACAGAUAUUAGAAAACUUUAAUACUUUGCCAGUUCACAUGAGAUGUGCUGCACAUACGUUCAAUCUGGUCGCUAGCAAAGAUGCAGAUGCUGCUCUACAAAUAACUGUUUUCAAGACUCCCUACAGAAGUGCCUUAGCCAAGGCACGUACUCUCUGGAAUCAGCAAUCACGUAGUACGGUAGCGGCAGAUAGCAUUCAUGCUGAAUUAGGCAGACGACUUGUCCUUCCAAAUACGACGAGGUGGAACUCUCUGUAUGAUGCUAUUGUCGUUCUCAACAGUAUAUUGGAAACAAAAAGGCCUUCUCUUCACAGGGUUAUGACUCAACUAAAAAUUCUAACUUUCAAUGACCAAGAUGUGACUGUAAUGAAAGAGUACGCAAAGGUUAUGGCACCUGUCGCGAAUGCCCUCGAUCGUAUCCAAGGAGAAGCUCAAGCAUAUCUCGGAUCACUACUACCGACGAUUGCAGCAACUGUCUAUAAAUUAAAAAAUAUUAAAUCUAAGGGCCUAGUAAAUUGCACAGCUUUAGCCAAUGCCUUAUUAAAUGGCAUAGAGAAAAGGUUUGGUCCACUCCUGAAUGAUGAACAGUGCCUACUUGCCGCGGCAUUUCACCCAAAGUUCCGGUUGAUAUGGCUGGAAACGUAUGACAGCAGUAGAGUGGAUGCAGUAAAAAAGGUCAUGGAAAAAAAGGUAGAAGAUGCUUUACGACAAGAAGCAGCGGAAAAUUCGAAGGACAGAGAUAGUUUAACUGGCGGAGGGAGCAAUGCGAGUAACAACGAUGAUGACGAGGAGGAAGACUUUUUCAAUUCUGUCACUCAGUCUAUAGAAAAACCAAAGAGCUCCAACUCUUUAAAGUGUAAAGCGCAAAGUCUCGUUAAAAUGUGGCUGGACAUGAAAUCAAAAGACUCGUUCAACGAUGCUGCAUUCCUCGGGGAACAGAUAUUUAUAAAUCUAUUUAUUAAAUACAAUACUGCUAUACCCUCAAGCGCUGCAGUUGAACGUCUGUUUUCCACGGGUAAAGACAUUUUAACACCAAAACGAGCCUCGCUUUCAGACGAGAACUUCAACAUGUUAAUGUUCAUGAAGGGGAAUAUGCACCUUAUGCCCGACGAUUAAAUUACACAUUUGAAUUAUACAAGUAUUUUGUUUUAUUCCUAACCUGUUAACUUCCAGAACCUAAACCAACAAGUUGUAUAAGUUCACAAACGCAACGAUAUAAAAAUGCAAUUUUACACAUAUUAACGGAUUAACGAUUAACGUUAACUUGCGUUAAUUCUUCCGAAAUGUAACGCUUUAACGCUUAACGAAGCUAACUUUUUUUGUAGCGGAUUAACGAUUAACGAAGUUAACUAUUUGAUUAA